AAAAAUAACUAUAUAUAUAACGAUGAUGUUAUUACCAAUGUACAUAUUUUUGAACUGUUACAACAUUUUGAAAUACAAAAGGUCUGUACUCUAUCUUUGAUGCACAUACAUGUAACCAAUUGUCUGUUUUGUUGUCCUCGUCUACCAGAUGAGCUGGGAAGAUGGGCAUGUAUGCCAUUCAAUGAAGGACUAUGUACACUUUGUAAUGCUAAUAAAACAUGUUGCCGACGAAUUUCAUUUUAUACUUUUUGAAUCUUAUUUCUGCUUCUGCAGUAAAAUAAUCUUUUAAAUUUCCAAUUCUAGCACUAAAAUCCCCAAUUUAACAAACAUAUCUUUGGUCUAUUGAAAAAUGGAUGAGUUCUUGGUCCUUUUUUAUAUAACAAUAUGUAGAUGAAUAUUUACUAAAUUCGAAGGUAUAUACACAACUCCGCAUAUCCAAUCAUCACACUUUUGAAAAAAGUGACUUACUAGUAUUUAACUUUAACCAAAAAACAUAUUUACAAUCAGUAAUAACAAUCAGUUUUUACAAUCUUUAGUUCUUUAAAUGCUUAAUGAUUUCGUCGCGUACUUUAAAUAUAAAUUCACUCACCUUAUGUUUGAAACUCUUUUUUUCUUAAAUGUUGUGUAGCCUGGGAUAUUACAUGUAACAUCAUCAGAAUUCAUUGAAAACUAGCUUAUCGUAUUGGAUAAUAAGUUCUAUGAAAUCGGUAAAAUUGAGACGGAUUUUAAUCCAGAGACAUUUAAAAAUUAAAAAAUUCAAAUCUGUUUUCUGCUCGAUCAGGUACCAAUACAGAGUUAUUACAUUUUGUUGAUGUCUGUUCAUCUUUUUUCAUAUAAAUAAAGCAAAUCAUAUAAAAGAUACAGUAUUGUAAUAAAAGGAGUGUUAGGUAACAUGUAGAUACUAAUAUAAAGUCUACACGCGUUACUUUUAUAUAAAAAGAGAUAAAAAGACGACACAUGAACCGUUAACUCGUCCUCUACUAAAAUUUACAUAAGUAUCCGAGAGUUCCAAUGUUUAACAUUGCUUGAUAUAUAUGUACUGCAUUGAAUCUUAUUAAAUAUUUGUACUUGGAUUAAGAUCAACAUGUCUGUUAUUUUUUUCCUACUUUAAACAUGUACAUAUAUAUUGUAUUGUUGUUCAUCGUGUGUAAAACACCUAAGGUAAAAUGAUGUAUUUAUUGGUACGUUAAUAAAAUGUGUAUUUUUCAAAUGCAUGAAGUGCAUUCGAUAAAAUGAAUAUGAACAUUUUCCAAACCUAUAAACACAAUGUAAAGGACCUAACUUAUUUAUAUAUUUUAAGAAGGAUGUAUAGCGUAUAUAUUGGCAAAAAUACAACCGAUAAAGUUUUAUAAUGCAUUAUUAUAUGAUUGCAACGUUUAAAAAUAUUUCAAUCUAAAUAUUACGCGAAUCCAUUUUAACAAUGUUAACAACCCCAGCGGAGGUAGUAUUUCUAUGUGAAAGCGAGUAUGCAUUUUAUGCUUUUGACGGGCUCUUAUCGCCGAUAAGGAUCUUUUUAGAGGAACUUGUAAUGGUUCAAUGAAUGAAUGUAUUCGUGUAAUGAGAGAGAGAGAGAGAGAGCAUGGUUUAAAUCAAGAACAGCCGUAACAACAAAUAUUCCUCCAAAAAUAUGUAACAUGUAAAAAAAAAAUUGAUAACCUUUUUUUCAUGGAACUGAAUGAUUACUGUCAUUAUCAUUUAGUCAUUAAUUGACUGCAUAAUAUUAACACCAGGAAUUUUCUUAUAUUUCUAUUCCCUGCAUAUGGAUUUUUAACAUUUGUACCAUUCGAUUUUGAUAAGUGUUUAGGAUAAGGUUGAAGAUAGCUUUCUUUGUAGCCCAGCUAUUUCCAACUAUUUCCCGGGGUCCUUUGUUUCAAGAUUUUUUUCUGUUAAUUAACAGAACACAUAUUGUGAACAUGCCAUCAUCAAUAUUCACUGAGAAAUUUACCCAGUUGAAUUAACUAGUGUGUCUAGUAAAGCGUUCUUCUUGAUUAGCAAUCACUCUGUGUACUAGCUUAAGUAGUGAAAAUUUGAUUGAUGGUCGUAAUGAUACUUAGAUACCUAGUGAAAGUUACUUAUAAAUUCUUAGAUUUACUAAUAUUAUCUAGUAAAUCUACCCAAUACCUAGUAAAACUACUUUUGAGGUAGUGAUUGUAUGGACAGUAAGUUUACUAGUCUUCCCAGUGACUUUCACUAGUUAUUUUUGUUCAGUGUUUUAACAACCAGUGUCACCGGAUAUUGAAUGCAAAAUUAUUGAAAAGUGGCUUAAAAUUAUUAGUUUGAUCUGUUUCGAAUCACAUUGUAUAUACAAUGUAUAUGGAACUACCAAAUUAAUAAAUGUUUGCCAAAGACAUGAUCCCUACGGUGAGAGAACUUUUGAAAAAUGUGGUCGUUAUUCAAAGAAAAGCCAGCUGUGUAAUGUAUAAGAAAAUACUAGAAUCUCUUUACACACUCUGUUUAAAAUAUAAAUUCAUUUGACAUCCAACUAUCUAGCUCUCCAAGGCUUCAUUUAGUAUUUUUAUUUUAUGUAUAUUGAGACUUUUUAAAUGAUAAAUCAUAUGUCUCCCAUUCUAUUAAUUUUCGAUCUUGUUUGACACCUGUAGUUUGGGGUUAAUUGUUUUUUAUUUGAUGUUUAGAAAGGGCAUUUUUGCACAUGGUACCAAUUUCUUGAUCCCUGACAUCUUUUUCCUGUCUCACGAUAUCAAUAUCAUUUACGCAAAAUUGUUAUCAACUUUAUGGUUAGUUAUUAUGAUUGUGUUCCUUGAAUUUGUUUUGCUUAGCUCUACUUAAUUUCAGUCUUGUAAAUGAAUGUCAGGCGGAUUUCCCUUGCUCUUGCAACUUUCUUGUGAUCAUUUGCGGGUCAUUAUGCACGUGGGCGGAUUUGUCAGAGAUAAGAUGUUUGUGAAUUUAUAUUCCCUUCAAUCCAAGAAAUUCUAAUUGGCUUAAAUUAAAUUGUUUCUAAAAUGACGUUAAACAAUUUAUCAUAUACCGACUGAUACUGAGUCACUAUAUUUAUUGCAUAUAACAAAACGUGUAACAGAACGUAUACACUAUAACAAAUUAAGCUAUAGAAUAGUGAUUGGGCUAAUUUUGAAAAUUGCAUAUUGUAUCAGUUUUCCACAUAACCUCUAUCUCUCUCUAUUUCUCCAUUUCUCUCUCCCUUUCUCUCUUUGAACGCCUUCCCAAACAAUCAAUGUAAUUAUUGUUUAUUUUAUGAAUGCUACAUGUAUAUAAACGUUAGGGUAAUGCAUUAAGAUAAAAUCAUCAUUUUGUGAUAGUUCAAAGAUGAAAGAUUGGUAUAAAGACAUAGUUAUCUUUCCGUUGCAAGUUUGUACCACGUGCCGAGUAUUUUGUGUUUGCUAUUCGAUGUCGUUGCAGCGUUUAUGUCUUAGCAUAUUACACCCUUGAUCGUGUUAGAGCUCGGUGACAAUAGUCAUGGAAGGAAAAUGGACCAUAAGCGAAAAUUUUUUAAUUCAACAAACGGAAAAUGGCGAAAAGAAGACAAAAAUCAAGAAUGUAAGAGCUGGUGCAAUUUUAAACCGUAUCGAUAUUGUUCUGGAGAGUAAUGAAACAAUUUCAUUGAAUCUGAAAGAUGUUUACUCAGCAAAGGGGGAUAUCAAAGAGGAAACACGCUCAUCACGUUCGAAGUUUCUUGAAUGGUGGAAGGAGACACAGGAAAGCGUCGAAUGUCUGGAAAAGGGAGACCCAAAAAUUGAGGAAGAAGUCCAAAAUACUGACAAAGAAGAGCAGGGGCAUGAAGAAAAUGAAACCGUCGUUGAGCAAAAAAGCAUUGACAAAGAAGUAAUUAAGAAGCAUCUGAUUGGUUCUAGAGUUCAAGUGCACAUCUCCAAUCUUGUACCGCCUGCCGAAGGGAACAUGGUUAGGGCACUGGAUAAUGAUCAUGUAGAUAAAAUAUGUCAGCAAUUAAAACUCGCUCAUGGUCAUUACACUACCUUGAUCGGUGUUCUAAAGGAGGGCAGAAAUAAUAUAAGUAACAUCGAUGAUUUAAAAAACCCGAAUGUGGAAAAAAUAGAGGUCAUUGGAGGUAAUCAUACAAGAGAAGCGCUACAACAGCUUCAUAGAGACGGAGAUAUAGAUCAGCAGUUUUGCGUCCUGAUGGACAUCUAUCAAAAUUUAUCACAAGGCCAAGUAUUUCAUCUUGGAUACUUGCAUAAUGAAAUGCAUGAGUCUUCCAAGAAGAUGUCCUUUCCAGAAAAGGUGAUACUCUUCCGAAAACUAAGAGAAACAAACGAGACAUCAAACAAAACUGCAAAGCAGAAUGCUGCUAUUUGGCGGGGAAGAGUAGCAACAAUUACAAAUAAAACGAAAAACGAAAUUAAAAACUGUUUCCGUGUGCACUUGAAUCUUGCAUCGCUUCCGGAAGAUCUUUGGAAAGAACUUGUAAAGGUUUUUAAUGCAAGUCAGGAAAGAAGGCUGAAAGGAGUAAAAUCAACAGACGAUUUGUCCCAAUAUCACUUCUUUCACUUCUCCAAAGUGAAGACAGUGGAGGAGAAGAAAACAUUGCUGUCUGAGUUAGCAGAGGGAAACAUUACUUUGGAGGAAUUUCGGGAAAGGACUUUAAGACCGAGGCAAAAGACGGGGAAGAAAAGUGCAGAACCAACAACUGAAAACAAAGUUGAUAACACAGUAAGUGCAUCAAACGAGGACAAGAAGGAUUUAUCUGAUUCAGAACAUAUUGAUGAAGAAAGCAAAGAAGAUGAAAAGAUCAAAAGGCAAGUUCUUGAGCUGCGUCAACAAAUGAAAGAAUCGGAAGAAAAGAUUAAAGAGGCUGAGAAAAAAAUAUCAACAUAUUCAGAAUUAGUACUAAAGCAAAAGGAAGAAUUGGACCAGUUAAAGGAGAAAAUACAUGAACAGGAAAUAGAGAUUUUGAAUUUAAGGAAAUCAGAAGAAAACCUUCAGAACCAAGUUACCAGUGAGCGUGAGAAGUGUAUGUUGGCAGAAGAUGCCGCUGCAAGAGCAAGAUCCAAGUUCUCAGAUAAAUGUGACAACAAGAAGAAGAGUGAAAAGAGGCCUGCUGAUGAGGAUUUAAACCUUAAAGUUUCAGAAAAUCAAAAAAGAACAAAGCUCACAAAAAACGAUCAUUCUCUUCCAAAAGAUGAAUUGAAAAACAAGGUUACAGUUGUAGCUGUUGAUUUCAAUGAGAAAGUGUACCUAGGAAUGAUUGAUAAAACCAACAACAUCACAUUCGCGAAAAAACCCAUCGGAAAAAUUUCUCAAACAUUAACAACAAUGGAUAUAAAAGAUAUUUGUCUAACCUUAAAUACCAAAGAUGUUAUGCAAAUGGACAAAAAAUUUAUUAUAUGUUCUUCAAAGUCUGUUUUGGAAGAUGAUAAACUUGUCCUUACAAAGAAAGAAAUACAGUCCAUGAUAACAUCUGUUACAGAAUAUGGAAUGGAAAAGAAAUCUAACAAAUAAUUAAUAAAAUUAUCACAUGUUUCGAACAUAUCAAUCGUCUUGAAGCGCUGCUCAAGAAGAAUUUCUUUAUUAUGUAUUUGAGGUCAAUUGUAUAUUUCUUGCAAAAUUAUUGUACAUGAAUUAAAUUUCAAUCUUGUUUUACCUAUUCUUUUUUUAAAUUUUAGACAUUCAUUUGUAGCACGUAUUUGUUUAGUAUGUUAAUAUCCGUAUGAAUCAACCAUUUGCCUAUGCAUACUGUAAUGUGAUUGUAUUAGACUUUAAUUUUUCAUUGUAAUGACUCUUUCACAAUUAAUGUAGGGCUCAUUGUCCAUGUCCACUGUAGUUACAUUGUAUGUUUGUAUAUUUAUUUUGUAUAGAAGUAACGAUACAGUAACAUUUUUUUUUCAAAUACCUUAGAUUUGCAAAUAUGUCUUGGAGGAAUGUUACUUUGUGAUUGGUUGAACACCACUUCUUGAAACAUAAAAAUAACUGAUUCUCAUAUUUAGUCUUGUCAUAAAUGAUUUUAAAGUUUGAGGAAUGUUAGAUGAACUCUGUCCAAUAUGUAUAACUGUAAGACCUCAAACCCUUAAGAUACUUCAAUGUUGAAAUUAAGUCUGGUUCUAACCUAUUUCAAAGAUGGAGGAAUGUUACUCUGUCCAGUGUGUAUGACUGUAAGAUCUUAAAGCAUUAAUGUACUUCAAUGUUGAUAUAAGGUUUGGUUAUAAAUUAUUUUAAAGAUGGAGGAAUGUUACUCUGUCCAAUUUGUGUGACUUUAAGAUCUUAAAGCAUUAAUGCACUUCAAUGUUGAUAUUAGGUCUGGUUAUGAACGAUUUUAAAGAUGGAGAAAUGUUACUCUGUCCAAUUUAUUUGACCUUAAAGAUCUUUAAGUAUCAAUGUAAUUCAAUGUUGAAUUUACAUCUCUGGCUAUAAACAAUUGUAAGGUUGAAAGAAUGUUGCUCUGACCAAUUUGUGUGACUUUAAGAUCUUAAAGCCUUAAUGUACUUCAAUGUUGAUAUAAAGUCUGAUUUUAAAGAUGGAGGAAUAUUACUCUGUCCAGUUUGUGUGACUG